UUCGAUGACAGCAGGACGUCAGAGCGCCCAAAUAGACGGGGCGUAAACGCAACGGCCAUAGCGGCUGGGACACUUAACACGAAAAUAACGCCAGUGUCACACUAUGCGACAAAAUAACUUCGUGUGAGUAAUUUAGAACUAUGUAUAAACUAGCUCACUUCCUUUGGCAAUUGCAGAGGUGGCGGAAGUACGUCAGUUAUCUGGGCUCUGGGCAUUUACUGCACUCUCUCCAAUUUCAGAUGGAGGGGAAAAGAAGGGAGAGCAGAUUUUAAUCAUUCCUGUGUCUUUAAAGCUACUCAUGAUCAAAGCUUUGCCUUUUCUGGGAAGGAAAUAGACGAUGUACCACGAACAGCGAAGGAAGAACGGACGGUGUUCAGGAAUGGAUAUUUAAAACUUACACGGCCCUGGAUGUAGCCGUUGCUUUCUUUUCCUUGUUGGCUGGUACAUGGGGCUGGAUCACCGUGUGGAGGAUUGUACGGUGAAGUGAACGGCGGAUCAUUUGGAAAAUAGGCUAUUGCGUUCAGGUAGCCGAAGACUUGGGAGAAAAGCUUGCCUCGCUUCGGCUGGUCGUCUACUGGUCUUUACGGUGAAACUUAGCAGAAUGCGAUAGUGAUCAUUCAAAACUUGCAUCUAAUAGCCUAUGCCUACUCAUUAUUCACGAACGGAUCAUUUGGUCGUUUACUGACAAGCACGUAGCCUGUUGUAAAGACGUAUAUUUUUAGAAUCGCUUUUUGACAGUGGGUCAUGAAUAGGGUGGUGGAAAACAUGGGCCAUCGUCAGUAUUUCCCUGCCUUGUCUGCAGUAUGCAGAUAUUAAUGUGCUCCGCCAAUGCAACAAAGUUGCAAACCAAGUGAAAUGCAUAUAUUGCAACUAUAUAUCCGAUUUGCACCUGUUUAAAUGAAGAGCACUUCGAUGUUUAAUCGCUAGAUAGCGAAAAUACAGACACGAUUUGCCAUCUCUCCGUGUACAUGGAGCAAUUGAACAUUUGUUUGUUUAUUAUUUUAGGGAGGUAUUUAUCCAAGGUCAUUGUAUAGAUUGUCCAUUUUUAUUUAUACGCGCAUGUAUAGUGUAAGUUCUUACGCGUAAUAGUCCCACAAGAGAGACGAACAGCCGACGCUUUGUAAUCUGGUGAGAUUUUUUUUAUUGCAACGAUUGUAAAAUGGAUGGGAAAUUGAAGCAGAGUCGGAGAUCACGUUCCCAGCGUGAAAGGGGACGGAGACGAGACUCUGCUGGUAGGGAUGCCCGCAAUCACAGUCCUUCGUCUUGCUCAGACAGAGAGCAAACUCCUGGAAUGGAUCGUGCCACUCAGAACGGGAAAAAAGCCCCUCGUUCUCAUUCCACAUCAUCUGCCAGAGCCCCGCGCCCCCCUCGUCGGAAGAGACGCGAGUCCAGCUCUCAGGAAGAGGAUAUAAUCGAUGGAUUUGCUAUCGCUAGCUUCGUCAGCUUGGAGUGUCUGGAGAAGAAGAACGGCGCGCUGAAGGUGACGACGAAGGAGAAGAAAGAGAGGUGGAAGGACAAGCUGCAACAGCAGGUGGUGAAGCGCCAGCGCGAGGGAGAGCAGGAGAGCGGCCUGGUGAGCCUGAGCCUGGGCCUGGGCCUGGAGCCUGUGGAGCCCGUGCAGAACGGCCUCGAGGAGCUCGCCAGCAGCCUGGAGUGCAACCCCGACAGAGUCAAGGAGAGGUUGCUGAAGAAGACGUACUCGAAGAAGAACAAAAGAUUCCGAGGUUUCCCAGGUCAACCGGCAAAGAACAUUGAGGAGGAGGCCAUGCAGGAACUGGCCAGACCCCAGCGGAGUAACUCCAAAGAUAGACUCAGUGAGAGCUCAGCACACUCGCUGUCAGGGCGCGGCUACUCGUGUGACAGCGAGAGUGACAUUGAUGACAAGGCUUCUGAUGUAGGAUCAGAUCAACUCUUCUCACCCACUGCAGCAGCUAAAGCUGUGGCAACGAAUGAGAUUCACCAGGUGGUGGCCAACAAGCCCUGCGUCGUCGUCGUCGCCAGCAGCAAAGUCUCGGGCCUGCAGCGCAGCCAGGAGCAGAGCAGCGAGCCGUCCUCCUUCGCCCCUGCCGUGGCCAUCCGGACGCCCGCCUCUGCGCCCACCGGCUCCCCUGCGCCGGCCUCCACCACCACACCACCACCUCCUCCUCCUCCUCCAGCCCCCCGAGCGGUGCCCGCACCUCCGCCGACUGCGCAGGAGCUCCGCGUGCCCCCCACCGCCGCUGCUGCCCAGCCGCACCAUCUACGCCCGGGGGCGCUCAGCAGCCACCCCCUCCACCACCCGCUGCAGUACAGCAGCCUCCACGACAUCAGGUGGGUACCCCUCCAACGCUGCACCCUGCUGCUACUGGUUGCUGUGCUGUGCUGCCUGACGGUGCUUUGCCGGUCGGCAGGCGGUCGACUGGUCGGUCGAUUCGCCCACAGAGUAAAAAGCAACCUGCAGAGUUUAUUGACGGGAGCGGUCAUCCCUUUCGGGGCCGACUGUUGCUAA